AUGGCGACGAUUGCCCUUCCACGCCCACUCGAGACCCAUAGGUCCUCCUCCAACAUUGGCUCCAUCUCCUCCACCAUCACCCUGGAGCCGACCACUCACUCGGCGCCCAUCCCCAACAAACAUAUUCCCGUUUGUCCUCCAGGUCCUGCUUCCCAAGACGAUGCUGAUACGCCGCCGCCUUCGCCCUGGCCCGUGACGAAUGACGCCGACGAGGACUCGUCUCCCCACUCGCUUCUCUACCCACCUCAUCGCUUUCACCAUGUCGACUCCGGCGAUCUUUCGCUCUACAAGAUCGACGCCGCCGACGUAGCUGCUGCCUUGGACUAUCUUUCCAGGCAACCUUUGCCAGACCCUGCGCACGUCUUCCCCUGGUACCAUGGCCUCCAUCCCCAGAACCAAGUGCAACAGCAAUUCUUCAUCGCCCGCAAGCGUGCUCUGAGAAAGACCCCCGCUUGCCUCCGUGGUAUCACCAUUGUUAAGGCCGAUGGAGACCUCAACACAUCCCGCCUCAAAGGGGCAAUUGCUCCUCAAGAGUUUCUUCACCAAGGCGGCGCCGAGUUCAUCGAUGUUGACCCCGUCGAGGGAUUUUCCGUCCGCAACUUUCAGAUCCAAACCGCCAAGGCCGCCAUGACGAGCGAUAUCAUUGUCUACGGCAAUGAUGAAGUGGCCGUCCGCAGGUUGGGCUGGGACAUAGCCGCCGCCCAGCAUAAGUGGCGCUACAAGCACGAGCUGCAGCGUCAUCGAGUUCCCGAGUACAACACCUUUAUCUGCCUCAGCCCAUUCGACGUGUUUGAAAAGAACCAUCGUGAGAUUGUGGCAGUCGAUUCAACUGGUAACUUGACGGGGAACGUACUGGACUUCAUCAACCAGGAGAGACUGGAGAUGUAUCUCAUGACGCACGCUUCAGAAAUCGCACCCAACGUGUGGAUGGGCCCUACCCCCGAUCCAAUCAUUGAGGAGGACAAUGGUUACCACGUUCAGAUUGAGUGCAGUGACAUGGGAAGAGCCAACACCUGUGCAGCUUUAUUACAAGCUCUUGCUGAGGAUGGGCUGGGCGAUGUACCAGAAACAGUCCAUUUUGACUUUCCUUCCUCGGGAAGCUUCCUAGUUCCGACAUAUUCACAUGCGGAAGCAGACGCUCUUUUGGACACUUGCAAAUGGAUCUGGCAUCUGUCCCACGGGACAAGGCCAGAUAAGGCUUCCGACACCGGUAGAGAGAGGUCUCGGCCGCCACUAAGCCCACGAAAGAUUCUUAUUCACUGCGCGGACGGUUACACAGAAUCCACAGUUCUAGGCCUUGCAUACUACAGCUAUAGCACCGGCCUACCUAUCCCCGAAGCUUGGUUGAAGCUGCACACAAUUAUGAGACGAAACUUCUUCGCAUACCCCUCCGACGUAAGCUUCCUAGCGGCGAUCGCUCCCCGACUCCUACAGGAAUCCCCCAUUGGAGCCGACCGAAGCCUCGCACAAGUUACAGAGCUCGUCAACAACGAACCGAAAUGGUGGACAGGUUUUGACGGGUCACUACCCAGCAGGAUCCUUGAUUAUAUGUACCUCGGCAACCUUACCCAUGCAAACAAUCCAGAUCUACUUCGGGUGAUGGGUAUCGGCCAGAUCCUGAGUGUGGGUGAGCUGGCCAUGUGGCGGGACGGGGAGUUGCAGGAGUGGGGGGAGGAAAACACGUGUAUUGUGCGAGGAGUGCAGGAUAACGGGAUCGAUCCGUUGACCGAUGAGUUUGAGCGGUGCUUGGAGUUCAUUGACCGUGGCCGUCGCCUCGGAACAGCGACUUUGGUCCACUGCCGUGUUGGUGUGUCCCGCUCCGCCACUAUCUGCAUCGCCGAAGUGAUGCGUUCCAUGGGAAUGUCCUUCCCGCGAGCAUACUGCUUUGUCCGCGCUCGGCGGCUCAACGUCAUUAUCCAGCCUCACCUCAGGUUCGCUUACGAGCUGCUCAAAUGGGAGGAACUGCUUCGUUCUCAUCAAGAGAGCAAGGACCACGGCAACUACACACUGACGGCCGAUGGCAAGGAGGAUGACGAGUCGUCCUCUGAUGGCCAAGGCAUCAAACGAGAGCUCGAAUGGGGUGAAAUUGCCAGGGAGGUCGCCUUCAUGAAUAAGCCUUACUCGAGCUCGAGAUAA